CCAGAAGCCCUCGUUGCAUCACUUCCGUGUUUACCACCUAGUGAAAUAUGGUGAAAUGAGAGUAAAAUCUGACAUGUCCUACUGUUGCUAGCUAAUAUUAGGACUCGGGAACGCUCCUUUUACUCACAACACAACCUCCAAACCAAGCGUAGGAACCUCAAGCCUUCCAAAACAGGAGCUGUCACUCAGAUAUUAUGAUGCGUAACAGACAGAGGGGAUCUAAUCUUGGCCUGCUCCUGCUGGCCUCUCAGGUUUUCCAGCUGGGAAUCGACAACAUCCCACCUGUCACUCUUGCAACGCUGGGCCUGAACGUCUAUUUGUUCCUGUUUCCUGCCAAACCCCUCCUACGGACGUGUUUGAGUGUUCGAGAGGCUUACUGGUACAGAGACUGGAGUCGUCUGCUGCUGUCGCCGUUUCACCAUGCUGAUGACAUGCACUUGUACUUCAACAUGGCCUCGCUCCUUUGGAAGGGCAUCAAACUGGAAAGGAAACUGGGAGGCGCCUGGUUUGCGUACCUGCUCUCUGUCUUCUCUCUGCUCACCGGAUUGGUCUACCUGCUCCUGGAGACGGGACUGACACACAUGACAGAAGACUCCUCAUAUAGUUUACAGUGUGCAGUGGGCUUCUCAGGUGUUCUGUUUGGGCUGAAGGUGGUGAAUAAUCAUUAUCAUCCAGGAGGGGCCACAUACAUCAUGGGGCUGCCUGUAGCCAAUCGCUACGCCUGCUGGGUAGAGUUGGUCCUCAUCCAUAUCAUGAACCCUGGGACAUCAUUUGUCGGACACCUGGCUGGGAUCGUGGUCGGUCUGCUCUACACAACUGGCCCACUAAAGAGCCUGAUGAAAACCUGUGCAGGCUUUGUGACAUCUAAUGGGCAAUAUGGAGGGCAACAAACAUACUACAAUUCAUCAGGAUACAGUGGAUAUGGCACGCCGUAUCCACCAAACUCUGGCGCCCCCUACAGGCAGCAGUAUGACACACGCACGCCCUCUGCACCGCCCCAGCAUCCCUAUACAGCAGGUCUGUCAGAAGAUGAGCAGUAUGAGACAGCUGUCAGGGCCAGCCUGAAUGACAGAGGUCAGGUGGUCAAAAUGACCAGUUGAUACUUUUAAAAAUGCUUUGUC